AUGUGCUUCCUUGACGUCGUCAGCAUUAACCAGGUCGAUCCUGAUCUUACGGAGCAGGGCGUGUACGGAAUCGGGGGCUUCCUCAGCGUGGCGCGCGAGUUGAGGAUCCUUUGGUCGGUCCCAUACAUGUCGAGGCUUUGGUGCAUAUUCGAGUUGGCCGCAUACAGACGUGCAAACCCAACGGGCAAGAUCACGAUGUCACCCCUCUUUGUCGAGGCCGUCGUGUUCUGCAUGUGGGCAUCCAUUUCGGGAGUUGCCGCGCUCGUUUUGCUUUCGCAAGUGCUGAGCCUUCUGAGUGCUGCUGGCCCAAUCUUAUUCGUGGUGUUUGCAGUGGCAAUGAUGCCGCUGUCGGUGGGAGUGAACUUGCUGCGACGCACGCUCUACAGCAAGCGGCUAUUGCUGGAAGAACUUGCGGCGUUUGACCUGCAGCAUGCACGAUGUCGCCUUGACGCCGACCGGCAGUUUGUGCACCAGGCCAUCGAGGGCUGGUACGGAAGCAUGGAGGCAUUCACUGAGUACGUUCGAGGCCCCUUGCAGCAGGAGUUGCUCCAUUCAUCAUCCAAUUUUACAGUUCCUUCGCAGUACUACCCUCUGAUCGUCCUCCCAUAUGUGGCCGGAAGCUUGGAUGAGGUGGUGGGCUUAUGCUCAGGAGGCGCGCCCUGGACAAUACUUCUUUCACAUGUCUUUGCGCACACCAUUGGCAUGUCAACGUGGAUCAUCACGGGGUUAGAGGUGACGGCCUAUCUCAGCUAUCGCUGGGCACCAGCACGCCACAGUCCCGCCUGGAAGAUCAUCCAAUCUGUCUUGACUUUCCUCGCGGCCGCCUUAACCAUGGCCAUGGGGGCUACACUGAGCUUAGCAUCACUGAGGAGGGGUCUGGCUCAAAGCGUGGCAUAUUGCCUCAUCUCCCUUACAAUCACUUCUUGUGUGUUGCGCGUCUACCGUCUCCGUCCGGAAGAAAGCUUCUGGAAGUGUUGCCAGAAGCAGCAACAUCCCAGUGUCGGCUGA